AUGUCGCUAACAAAUUAUUAUUCCAUGAUGGGGCUGCAGACCGAGGAGGCGUACGGCGCUCAUUUCCUCAGCGCGGGCUUGCAGGCGUCGACGGCCGGCUGCGCGAAGCCGUCCCGCGGCGCGCAGGAGGAGGAGGAGGAGGAGGGGGGCACCCCCGGCUCGCACGUCCCGGAUUUCGCCCAUUUCCCCAACAAGCAGGCGAGCUUGAACGGAUUCUCCCCGUGGACCAGCGCGCCCUCCCCGCCGCUGCAGGCCGCCCCCGGCGCCUCCAUCCCGGGGUUGUUCCAUCCACAUCUCCUCGGCCACCACCACCACCACCACCACCAUCACCAGCAGCAGCCCUACUACGCCGAGCACCUCGCCCCGGCCCCGGAGGGCAGGUUCGUCCGCUGCUGGGAAGGCCCCGCGUCCACCUCGGAGGGGAGCUUCCCCGGCUGCCCCUCCGACCCCGGCCCGCGGUUCGAGGCGGUGAAGCCGGAGAGCUCGCCGCCGCUGUCGCGCGGCAGUCCCGGCGACGACUCGGGCGGCUUCGCCAGCCCGGGCGAGGUGGUGCUCGAGCGGCUCGGCACCGCCGAGGAGCUCCGGAGGAAGCCGGAGCCCAAGAAGGAGCAGGAGGAGGAGAGGCGGAAAAUCCAAGCGGCGGACCCAGAGAACCCCUCGGCCAGCUGGAUCCACGCCAAGUCCACGCGCAAGAAGAGGUGUCCCUACACCAAGCACCAGACCUUGGAGCUGGAGAAGGAGUUCCUCUACAACAUGUACCUGACGCGGGACCGCCGCCUGGAGGUGGCCAGACUCUUGAACCUGACCGAGCGCCAGGUGAAAAUCUGGUUCCAGAACAGACGCAUGAAGAUGAAGAAGCUUAUGAUCCGGGAGAGGAGGAGCAUCAACGAAUAGCGGACCUCCGCGGGUCGGGUACUGCCGGGGGCCACCUUGAGAGGGUUUGGGACACCAGCCGGAGGAGAUCUUUCCGUCAAAACCUCCGAGCACGGGCUGACUUUGAGGCAGAACAUUGAAGGACCGCGAGGACGCUUCUAGAACGUCCACAAUACUUGAGUCCACAUGAAUGCAAACCACCUUCCCUGCCUCGCCGUCACGUUAGAGGACGUUCUCAAUCGAGCUUAGUAGGAUUUUGUACGAACAAAAAAAUGUCAAUCUGUUUUGAGAAGGUAUUUGAGAACGUUGUGGCCCAGCGUUCUACGACCCAAACCUACUUUGAAACCGCCGCCAAGCAAAAACCCCAAGGAAGGUUCUGGCUAGCAAAAUGUAGCAAUUUCCAGGAAGCGUGUCGGCUAUUUUUGUGGAAUGUAUUAUUUCUUCUGGGACUAUUUACGAACAUCGUGCUCAGUUCUCCCGGGAAAACAAGUUGCUAUUGGUAGCUUGUACGGAUGUGAACCAAGCAACUCGCGAUUCAAUUCCGAUUCUUGGGGUGACGAUUCGAUCCAGAACCGAUUCUCACAGCAUAUUAUUUGGUUGUGAUAAAACAUUAUCUCGGCCGCUGACGUGUACUCGUAGCCGAAAAACUAAUUUUUAAUACAUCGAUUCAGAAUCAUUUUUUUCCCCGAACAUUUGAUUCCGCUUCUUGGUGUGAGGAUUCCAUUCAGAAUCGAGAAUCGGUUCAUGCGGGUGUCGAUUCAAAUCGGUCCUUGCAGUGUAUUGUUUGGAAUAUAAACUGAAAUAAAACAGGUAGCUGGGGAAAAAAGUAUUUUUUGAAAAAUCAAUUCUUGAAAAAUCUAGCUUGAUUCAAAAUCCUAUUUAACAAGAAUCGGGUUUAGAAUGUGAAUCAUUUAUUUCCCGGGGCACCUCUAAAUCACCUCUAAAUCACGAUUCAAUUCCAUUCGGAUUCUUGGUGUGACAAUUCACUUCUGAAUCGAGAAUCAGUUCCCGCGAUUGUGGAUUCUAAUCCAUUUUUUGUAUUAUUUGGUAAUUGAAAUAUUAGCCUUUUUAAAACAGGUUACAAAAGCUAAUCAUAUACACGUAGCUAAUAGUUACGUGUAUAAAUCGGUUCUUGAACAU